UAGAUUGCAUUUUUGUGCAAGCAUAAGAGAAGUGAGAAUUUCGUCGUAAUUAUUGUGGUGAUUAUCGAUAUAAUUUGGACUGUUAAUAGUUAUUUCUGAUUACUUACGAUUUUGGUGUGCUUGCUAAACUAAAAACUGAUGGAUUUACUCAAAUCUACGUAGAUUUAGCGCAGUGUAUCGCUGCACAUGGUUUUGUUUUCGUUCGUAUUUUCGCUGCGCGGUUUGUUGACUACGGGAGGCAGACUGACAGCGAGAAACGUCAUCGAAGGCUCAACUCGUCACGGCCAUCAUCGUCAUCAGCAUCAUCAGUGCAACCAAAACAAAACCUUCCAGAAAUUCCUUCACGACUCCUCCCUGCUUAGUCCAGUGCGUGAUUCGCGGUUCCCCUUCCCAUUGACUGACCGUUUUCGUAAAUCUUUCAAAAUAGGUACCAGAAUGAGUUCAUCGUCGCCGGAAAGCGGGGACAUGCUGGAUUACCUGGCCUACAAUUGUAGCAAGCUGUCGAACGAUCUUUGGGAAGCGUCCGGUCUAAGCGAGAAACGGAAGCUGGUGGCGGAAUAUCUGAAGAAUGCCGAUCGGGAAGGCAAAAGCAUUCGAGAUUUUAAGGAAGGACUGGAUUGGUUCAACGUGACGGAGCCGCUGUCCUUCGAUGGUUGCCUUCGUGGGAAAAUUGUGGUGUUGGAUUUCUUCACGUACUGUUGCAUCAACUGUAUGCACAUUUUGCCGGAUCUGAAACGACUGGAGCAUCUGUAUUCCGUCGAAGAUGGACUGGUGGUGAUUGGCGUUCAUAGCGCCAAGUUUGAGAACGAGAAGGACUCGGCAAACAUUCUGUCGGCCGUACAACGAUAUGAGAUUAGCCACCCGGUGGUCAACGAUAAUGUUUCCUCUAUGUGGAGGAAUCUCCGUGUGCAAUGCUGGCCAACGCUGAUGAUUUUGGGUCCCAGGGCUAAUCCUCUGUUCGUCAUUAUGGGAGAAGGACAUUUUGACGAUUUGAAGCUGUAUGUCAGUUCGGCGCUUAAGUUCUACAAGGACAAGGGAGCCAUUCUGGGCCACACUCUUCCAAUUAACGUUGCAACGAACCUCAUCGAAACAAGUCAUUUGCAGUUUCCUGGAAAGAUUAGCAGUUCUUAUCGCGGAGGAGAUAAUACAGAUAACUGCUUGUAUGCCAUUUCUGACUCGGGCAAUCAUCGCAUCUUGGUGGUGAACAGCGAUGGACUCAUUCUGUACCGCAUUGGUGGAAAGCGAGCAGGAUUUGUAGAUGGCGAUUUCCGAAAAGCGCGCUUCAAUGCCCCUCAGGGUGUGGCAUUCCAAAACGAUACCACUCUGUUCGUGGCCGACAACGAAAACCACGCGAUUCGGAAGAUCGAUUUGAAGAGUCAACAGGUGACGACCGUUGUUGGGAAUGGUCAGCAGGGUUGCGAUCGCAUCGGUGGCAAGAUUGGGCGCGAUCAGAUCCUUUCCUCGCCGUGGGAUGUGGCCGUGUACCGUACUAAGGAUUUGGACAUGUCGUUCCACGCGGACGAGUCUAAAACUCCACUCAAGGAUGUGGUUUUCAUUGCGAUGGCCGGCAUCCAUCAGAUCUGGGCGCUGUUCCUGGAAGACACCAUUUGGUGGAAGUUCAAGAAAUACUCAGCAGGCAGUUGCUUAGCCAUUGCCGGUAAUGGGAGGGAAGAGAACAGGAACAAUUCCUAUCCGAAUAAUGCUGCGUUUUCGCAACCAUCGGGAUUGGCCAUCAACAAGGAUGCGAAGGAAAUUUAUCUGGCAGACAGCGAGAGCUCUUCGGUUCGGAAAAUGUCCUUGAGCGAUGGAAAAGUGCUGGCUGUUGCUGGCGGUGAUCGAAAUCCUUUGGAUCUAUUUUCUUUCGGUGACAUCGAUGGAAAGCAAUACUCGGCCAAGUUCCAGCAUCCCCUUGGAGUGGCCUACAAUUCGAAGGACAAUUGCAUUUACGUAGCCGAUACGUACAACCACAAAAUCAAGAAGAUAAAUGCCAGCACCAACGUGGCCACGACCUGCUCCUUCCAGGAUGAGAGCGGUUCUACCAAACAGUUCAACGAACCGGCCGGUCUAUGUCUGGACCCCACAGGCCGUUUCCUCUAUAUUGCCGAUACCAACAACCAUCAAAUCAUGAUUGCUGACCUGUCCGACAACAUCAUCCGUCCGCUAAAGGUCCGAUUUAACAACUCUGAAGCCGACCAGCUAGACAAUCCCGGAGAAACGUACCUGUACGAAAAUACCUUUAAAGUCCUCCCCGAAGGUGGUAAAGUCGUGCUGACCCUUGAAUUCGGCUAUUUGGAAUCGAACGUAAAACUGACCCAGGGAGCUCCACAAAAGUGGUCUCUGACACUCCCAUCGGACAAAUGGCGCUGUGACACCAUGAAUGGUUCGAUCAGCUCACUCAACGAUGGGCUCAGCUUAACACUGGUCGUUCCAAAAGGAAGUGAGCAGCAGAAACCUGUCCUGGGAACGGUCAACUUCAAGCUGAACCUCUGCGCAAAUGAUGUAUGCUUCCCGAAGGAGUUUGCUGUGGGCCUAAAUUUCGCCUACGACGUCACCGGAGGUUCCACAGUCAAGGGAAGCCUUAUGGUACAGGUCGGACGAAAUAACGUGGUCGUUUCCAAAGAGUAACAACAGCAGCAUGACUUAGAAGUACACUAAAUCACAAAUGCAGCACAAUCACUGUACUGGUUAGUGUAGUUGAUGCCGGACUACUAGGAAGAAAUGCAUUUUUGUUUUCAGCUUUUGUGUUGGUUUCUUAUCGAGCAAUGUUCUAACAAACUUUUUACGCUGGUUAACAAUUUUAUUCAAAUAUGAAAUUUUCCUACCCGGUAGGGCAAUACUAUCCCAAGGGAUAUUAAACGGGGACUAACAUCCUUUUUAUACAUUUAUGGUAAAUAACAUUCUUUUGUUUGACAUAACUAUACCGAAAUAUACAAUGUAUUGCAAGCAUGA